AAGAAGGCAAUAGUUGCGCAGCCGAGCCCACCCUCGGCUACUUCAUCUGCCCAAGAGCCAGUCGCGAGCGCGGCUGCAACCCGAGAUACAGACGAGGAUCGUACGCAACAGAUAGCCAGACCUCCUGUCAAGAUGCCACAGCCACUCAUCACCGACGCCUCGUUGUACACCAAUGCCUACUUGACCCCAGGAGACGAGGCUGAGAGCACUUCAUUGGACGAGCUGGCGCACUUGGUCCGCCUGUCAAAAUACCAGGAGCGCAAGCGCGCAAACACUAGGAUACGACUGCAGCGCACCUUGGUCUCUACUGCCCUGUCGGCCCGCCUAACUCGCUGUGGCGAGAUCGCCCAAAGGAAUCUUGCCGAAUGUUUCCGCACCGACGACAAGAAGACCUUUGCCAGCCUGUACGGCGCCAUCCAAGACGUGCGCAAGAGCUGUGAUGAGGUCCGAAGAUAUGCCCUCCUAGAGCCCGAGAUGGAAGCCAUGCACCACGCCGCUAUGGUGUCAUCCGAAAGUUUGGAUACACCCACAGGCUCCGUUAUUGGUACUGGCCCUAUGGCCGGCUCAACCAUUCCCUUUCUGCACGAGAUCUCAGCCGAUGCCCGCGAGACCUUCCUCUCCUUUCUGUCCAAGAUCAGGAACGACCCGGAUUAUCUGGCCACGCGCAUCUGCGCCUUGACAAACUCGGAGCGUGCCGCCAUCACCAACUUCCACUCCAGCCUGGAGCCCGUCGAAUCUGUCUUGCCUCUGUUCAACAAACCCCACGGCCGUGGUCCAGGGACUGGAUCUAACAGGCAUUCCUCUUCCAACCCAAACCCGGUCGAGCGCCUGCUCUCCUUCCAGAGACACGAUGCCCUGUCUGCUCUCAUUCACACUUGCUUCGCUAACUCAGCAGGCCCGGACAGCGCAGAAGAUAAGCGCCGUACAGAUAUCUGGGCCACAGCAUGUGCUCGCCUCAUUUCCAAGUCGGCCACCGAGUCCAAGGCCGGGAACGAGAAUGUACCGAUCGAGCCCGUCCUCAUCCACGUGCUCAACGUCUGGUCUGCCAUGCGCGACUGGUCUGGCCGUUCCAACAUGGAGUGGUACCUGAUGAAGAUCCUGGAGGGCGGCGCGUUUCUCCUGGAUCGAGCCGAGGAUCAGCACGGCACCAGGUUCAACAUAUCCGACUGGACCUCCAAGGACCAGAUCGCUGCCGAGGAGUUUUAUGACCGGGCCACGGACGAGCUUUUUGAGAUCCUGGACGACGAGGAUGCCACAGGCCUACCAGAGGGCGUCAUCGAGCUGGGGAACCAAAUCCUCAGACGACUGGACCACAAGUACGUGGACGGCACAAGAAAGUGGUUCAUCUACAAAUGGGUCUUCUCGGUCUGGCUUCUGGGUGUCGUUGUCCAUCCCGAAAGCCACGGCAUGAUGACAGACUAUCACAUCACCGAGUAUGGUCGGCAAAAAAUCUUGAAGCAGGUCGCCACCAAGGCUUCCAGCAUCGUGGUGGACAUGCUGUGGAAGCAAGGCCCUGUGUCCACCCCGCCAAAGAUCAAGGCGCACGUCGAAAACCUUCUUGGUCGUUUCAAGAGCUCUCGCAUCAAGCCCCGGCCCAGGCUCCUCAAGGCCCGUUCACUCACCUCCCUCAGGGAGACUGCGGAGGUCCACCCAUACCUGGUCGUCAGUCCGGCUGAUUUGGUCACUCUGGUCAAUGCUUUGUUCCCCGAGCGAAGACCCAUGUCUUCCCACUCCAUUCGUUCUGCUCCCUCCAUCUCCAACAUGUCGGCCGUCUCGCAGCCAAUGUCAAUCCUCACCCCCAGAAGCAAUGCCAAUUUUGAGACAGCAUCCAUCAUCAGCACGAGUGUGUCUUCUGUUCUGAGCGACACAACCACCGCCGCAGAUGCACUCGAGCCGCAGGCAACAGGAGCAUCCGCCCGAUCCUCGCCCCCGCUCGGGGAGCGCCUUAGUCAUGAGCGCCUAGGCCAUUAUGAAGAUGACGGGUAUCGUCUCCGCCUUGCUUUGCACGAGCUGACCCAGAUACUUGGACCUGACUCCCUCCAGGGGUCUUGCCACCCCUGUGCAGAGCGGUGGGCCGUGCUGUUUAUAUCCUCUGACGGGAGAUCACUCUCCACCCAAAUGACUUAUGAUCCUGACGAUGAACCCGAGGAGGAAAACUCCUCAUCUCUCAGCGACACGGACGAGGAUGACAUGGACGAUGACCGGCCCGAGCUUGACAAGGACUACCACCAGCUCCGUGACUCUAUUUUGAAGCUGGUCGAGGAUUUUGAGAUCCCGCAGACCUCGGAGCAGGACACUGGAAAGUUCAGCAACCGGACUUCGGUUCUCAAAAAAUACCGCUCGAGGACCAAGAUCAUCACCACCGAGAGGAUUAGGGAGCCAAGUCGUAAUCCUUAUCGCCAGAGACUGAUGGGCCAGGAGGGUUCACAUCGUGACAACUCGCCGCGGCCGGGCAGUGACAAGGGCAAGGAAGCCGCUGACAGGGCGCAGGAGCAGGCUGAGCCGACGCCAACACUCAUUGCCAUGCUCGAGGCUGCUGUCUCGCAGGCCAAAGCGCAAUCGGACUUUGUCGCAUCUCUCUCGUACUACAACACACUGUUACAGCUUAACGCGCUGGCCUCUUCCUCUUUACGCGCAGACGGUUUCGCCACGCUCUUGAACAUCUUCAGCCGGGGCCCACGUGACUCCAUCCGACGAUCAGCGUCCGCCAUUGAGGACUAUGAUGCCUGGCUUGUCUGGUUGAAACAAUCGCAGGAGCGGGCGGAGGGCCUCUUGGACUCGAUGAUGAAGCGCCUGCGAGCAUUGCGAGAUAAGAUGUGGUACGUUACGGAUGUCCGCAACUCGGCGGCCUACGAGCAUUCUCGAAACAUUGCGGCUGCCCUCAAAAACAUGGGCAUGCGUCGCAGACUCAACGCAUAUCAGCGCGGCCGGAACAUGCCUCGUGGCGGCCCCUCUACGUACCUCUACCGCAGCGAGUCCCAGAUUAUGGAGCUGCUCGCGGCCGCCGAAGACCAGGGAGGUCCGAACAAGCUGUCAGACGAUCAGGCUGAAAAGACGUCACGCUUUCUCAAAGAUUUCGGCAUUGAGAAUUUCUGCCGCGGCGAGGAACGGAUCCAUCGCUUCUGUUGUGAAGUCGAGGCAUGCAUUGGCAAGCUAAUUGGGCAGGACAUGAUGGAUGCACCAGUCCUGUGGAGCAGUGAGCUGUAUCUUCGUGACAAGCGCCAGCUCGAGGCCCCAUCCAUCCGCCGAGACAUACCCAUCUCGUCCUUUUCAAAUGAUGACGCCAGCAGCGUCAUGAGUGAGCCUGAUCGGAGGUAUGCACCGUCCUCCAGCCGCACAGGCUCGCUUGCGGCGAGGGAGCUGAGGGGUAUCACGGGACUCAACGCAUCAGCUCUGAGUCUCGACUCCACCCGCUACGGCUUUUCUACGCGCAGCACGUUGUUGAGUGACGUGAUGGACUCUGGCGACUAUUUUGGUCACGCCUCGCCUGUCCACACCAUCGACAGUGCCUCCACGUACUGGUCGCCCUUUCAAUCAGCCGCAUCAGCCGCAAGUACCACCACUUCCCGUGCUCACAGCCCUACCACGAGCAUCACAAACUUCAGCGGCUCGAUGCACCUGCAUGCUGGCCAUGGUGGUCCCGGCCGACCCGGGACCGCCAUAUCAAUUAGUGACAACACCCAGCAACAACACCAGCAGCGCCUGAGCGAAGAGAAGACACGCUUUCUCCAGGAUCUACGACAGACGCUGACGAGCCUGCUUCUCAGCGACCUGGGCAAUCUCGUCUUUUCUCGAGGUUCCGAGACAGAUGGGUGGUUUGAAGACCUGGGCCAAGAUUGCAUCGACCGCCGCAAUGCAGCGGAGCGCAAGGCGAAGAACAGGCGCUCGAAGCCUCGUGUGAUCGAGAAGAAGAAGAGCUUCGGCAACCUACGUGACGCCAAAAAUACUGCCGAUGGGACCAAGGCAGUAGCAGCAGCAGCAGCAGCAAACGACAGCUCAGCCGGCACCAGUGACACGGUGUCCAGCAAGAAGUCAUCUCAGUCCAAGAAAGAGAUCAUGCCCGAAUUCCCCUUCACAAAUGCGUACCAGCGCCUGCUGCGGAUGUUUUGUGUGCAUCCCAACCCGUACGCCAAGCUGAAUGCUCUCCAUGAGCUCGAACAUCUCAUCAUCGCCUCCUUGUCCUCGGGCAGUUCACGCCGUAGGCUGGCAUGGCUGGCCCGGACAGCAGAGAUGGAAGCCGAGAACUACAGCCAGGCGGGCCGACCUCGUCCUUUUGAGGAGGCCAUUGACAACUUGAGAGAGCGCAGGUCUCACACUAUGCAUCUGCACUCGGGCCUUGCUCGGAUGCCAAGCGGAAACAUCAACUCUGAGACGAGGUCUGUGAUCAACACGACAACGAACGCGGCGAACAAUAGUGACGCGAUUGCCACUGUGCUUCAAACUCUCUUCCGCAAUGCUGAGAUCCGACCCAAGACUCUGUUCCGAGACUUGCAGUUCAUUGCGAGUUUCGUGCCGGCCCAUAUCCUGGAUAAGACAGAUCGCGGUAAGGCCUUCUGGGACUGCGCCAUUGCUGCCCUCGGCUUGAAGCAGGAGGUCUGCAGGACGAUGGUCGAGAUGGCUGAUGAAAUUGUGGACGUCCACACCACCAAAACCACCCAGCCGCAACGUCCUUCACCCAACGCCGAGGAGCAGGCAAUGCGCACCACAUCGGUGUCGCCACCCACCCCUCCACCUCCCAGCACAUCGUACCGCCUCGAGGAUGCGGCUCGGAUGUGGAUCAUCACCGCCAAGGAAGGCGAUCCUACCUCGCAGCGCGAGCUUGCUCUCUUUUACCUCUCCAACCCGGAGCUCGUCGACCGCACCACACUGCCCCUGUCCAAACCUCGUGAGGUUUUCAAGCAGGCUGUCAUGGACAAGUUCCGUGGCGCCAACAGCGGGAGCGGUAGCAGCAGUCGCUACAGCCAGUACCAUGAGCGUAUUGGUGCAGGUCAGCUCCAUCGCCCCGGCAGCUCUGGAUCAGCAGCCGGCAUGGGCGGCGGAGUGGCAGACAAGUCGGAUGUGCGGAGCGAUCCUGCGCUCAUGUGCGUUGCUAUCCACUGGAUGGAGGCCGCCGAGCAGGGCGGCGAUGAGGUGGCCAGGACGUUCCUGGGGCAGAACAACGAACUUGUGGGGUUCUGAUUUUCUGACGUGGCGAUUUUUUCCCCCCUUCCUUGACACAAGAAAGAGAGCAAGUGAAAGAGAGAAAGAGAGGAGAAGGGGAGAGAGAGAGAGAGACAGAGAGAGAAGAAGGGUUCCCUAUCUUGUCUUGUUCUGUGAUGAUUUAUGAUGCCUCUGAUUUACCAUUUCCAUCUUCACCUUGCAUCUUUCAUAUCAUACAAUACACAUACCCGCAAUACCCCGGAGGAAAAUGGAGGAGCCGGCUACUGAGGCAGCGGAUGAUACCUUGUACUCCGAUGAAACGAUGUCAUGAUACUUUGUUUCCUUCUUUUCUUUCUUUGCUCUAGACCUUGGAGAACUUUGAUUUUCAUUUGGUCUGUCGCUUGAGCACAAACCUUUUUUCUUGUUUACCUUUACUUAUUAUUAAUACUAUCUGCUAUAGCUGUCUGGCGCAGCUACGAUGAAUAUAGUGUUCAUUUCCCGCCCGA